GGGGAGCAUUCACACCCCGCUGUCGGCGUUUAGCGGAUGGGGCUCUCAGCUUGAGCCGGAGGGAGGAGGAGGAGAAAGAUGAACGGUAACCCGUGUGCCCGCAGGCUGGCCCGGCGCUCCAAGUCCGCCCUGCUGGUCGCCGCUCUGGCCGUCCUGCUGGUCCAGACUCUCAUCGUGUGGAACUUCAGCAGCCUGGACUCUGCCGGCGGGGACGGAGGCGCCAGGAGCCGGGAGAAGCGAGAGGACCGUGCCGGGGGGCUCAACAAAGCCGACAGGGAGCACCCGCGGAGGGGGCUGCAGAAGAAGGGCGACCCACCACCGCCGCUCGGAAAGGCGGCUGUUCGGCACAAGCUGCAGGCGGAUGUCUACCAUUCCCACCGGCCCAAAGAAAAACUUCGCCUGGACAGCAACAACAAUGAGAACUCAGUCCCCAAAGACUUUGACACCAUCGACAGCAAUAGCAACCUGGGAGCUCGAUCACAGCGCCAGCGAGUGCCAGUCGCAAACAUCAAACGCAAGCUCGACAAGGUCCAAGCACAAAGCGUGCUGGGAAAAUCUGCAAACGAAGUCCUCAAGUACCCUCCCAUCCAACCCAGAGGGUUGGGUCACAAUCAUAACCGAACCAACAUCCAUAAACCCCACCCUCAGGUGCCAACCAUCCCAGCACCGGUCCAGGGGUCCAAUCAGGAUCCACCGCUGUACCAGGAAAAGAAGUCAGCCACGGCGCUGCCACCUGGUUUGGAGCCGAGGAAGGAGCAGCCGCAGUGUGAGAUCAGUGGCAAAGAAGCCAUUUCUGCUCUGUCCCGAGCCAAGAGUCGCGAGUGUCGGCAGCAGAUAGUGGAGGUCUACUGCAAGCACAAAGAGAGGACGCUGAUGCCUGAGAAAGUGCCUCGCUACUGCCCCAUAGAAGGUAAGGCUAAUGUGAAUGUACAGUGGGAUGAGGAGCCCUCAGAUGCUGCCCAGGUCGUGCCGGCCCGGAUCGCCUUCGUCCUGGUCGUCCAUGGCCGAGCCUCUCGUCAGUUCCAUCGUCUCUUCAAAGCCAUCUACCACACCUCGCACUAUUACUACAUCCAUGUAGACCUGAGGUCAAACUACCUCCACAGAGAGGUCCUGUCUCUGGCUGGCCAGUAUCCCAACGUCCGGGUGACUUCCUGGCGGAUGUCCACCAUCUGGGGCGGCGCCAGCCUGUUGACCAUGUACCUACGCAGCAUGGAGGACCUUCUGAAAAUGAGUGACUGGUCCUGGGACUUCUUCAUCAACCUCAGUGCUGCAGACUAUCCCAUCAGAACCAAUGACCAGCUGGUGGCUUUCCUGUCCAAGUACCGUAACAUGAACUUCAUCAAAUCUCACGGCAGAGACAAUGCACGUUUCAUCCGUAAACAGGGUCUGGACCGUCUCUUCUACGAGUGUGACACCCACAUGUGGCGUCUUGGGGACCGCAAGAUCCCAGAGGGCAUUGCAGUGGAUGGAGGCUCCGAUUGGUUCCUGCUAAACCGGCCCUUUGUGGACUAUGUGGUCAACUCCCAAGACGAGCUGGUCAGCAGCAUGAAGCGCUUCUACGCCUACACACUGCUGCCUGCUGAGUCAUUUUUCCACACCGUGCUGGAGAACAGCGCACACUGUGAGACCAUGGUGGACAACAACCUGAGGCUCACCAACUGGAACCGCAAACUGGGGUGUAAAUGCCAGUACAAGCAUAUUGUGGACUGGUGUGGCUGCUCACCCAACGACUUCAAGCCCUCUGACCUUCCACGCUUCCAGCAAGCAUCCAGACCGACCUUCUUUGCCAGAAAGUUUGAGGCCAGCGUCAGUCAGGAGAUCAUCAACCAGCUGGACUCCUACCUGUUCGGAUCAUACGACUCAGGCACCCUGGGCCUCCAUGCCUACUGGGAGAACAUCUAUGAGGAGGAGACAGAUGGCCUUGCCAGCCUAUCAGACUCCAUGCUCAGCCACUACCAUGCCUUCAGUCGCAUGGGACUGUCCCGCGCUGCCAGCUCACUACAAGGCCACCCCAAUGACAACAGCUGCAGGUAUGUGGCCAUGAGCCACCCAGUGUCAGUCCACGUCUACUUCCUGUCAGACCAGUUCCAGGGCUACCUGGUGCGUCAUGUGGCCACUAACCGAGCCUCCACCCAGCUGGAGAGCCUGGAGACCUGGGUGACACCCAAAGACCACUUCACCGUAGCCAGCCCACCCCACACCACCAACAGGCUGCAGCACGUCCAGGUUGGGGCAGACUGGGAUCCUAAGGAGCGUCUCUUCAGGAACUGGGGGGGUCUCUUGGGGCCCAAGGAUGAGCCAGUAGCUGUGCAACGCUGGAGCCGAAGCCAGAGCAACCUGACGGCCACUGUGGUGUGGAUCGACCCCACCAACGUCAUUGCCGCCACUUACGACAUCCUGGUGGACGCCUCGGCUGAGGUCACCCACUACCGACCGCCACUCACCUCGCCGCUGAGGCCCGGCUUGUGGACGCUGAGGGUGCUGCACCACUGGAACCCACUGGGCCAAACCAGCUUCAUCGUGGCACCACUCGAGUUCCACCGACAGCAGCCUUUACAGCAAGAGGACGGGCUACGGUUGCACGGCGGCCCAGCUAGAAACUCCUAUAUGGAGCAGAGUUUCCACGGCCUGAACCCGGUGUUGCGGCUGCCGGUGAGUCUAGGCGCUGUGGAGGAGGCUGAGGCCAACGCUGGGCUGACAGGGGCACCGCUGCGUCGCUGGCUGGACGGGCUGUUGGAGGGCCACUGGUCGGCUGCAGAUGUCUGCUCAAUGGGACCCAGCGUCUGUCCCGUCAUGCAGCGCUGUCGUCUCACUGCCUGGAGCUCCGCCAGCCCUGACACCAAGUCUGAACUGACACCGCCCAGAGAGGACGGACGCAUCAGGUAGCAGACAGACAGACUGAGGGAAGAUGAGAGUAACAAAUGAAGGAAGACACGGGGCUAAUGUCCUGUUUGUUUCUGAUAUUUAUUUAUUUAAAGUUUGUGCAACGUGUGUGAAAGGAAAUGGAUGAAACUUUGGCGGCAGCGACGGGAAGAAGAGAAACAAACUCAAACAGUGGGGAAGUCUUCUCCUUCAGUCCUCAUUCAGUCUGCUGCUCAAAGCUGUGUGUGUGUGUGUGUGUGUGUGUGUGUGUGUGUGUGUGUGUGUGUGUGUGUGUGAGAGAGAGAGAGCAAGAGAGAGAGAGGAUAAGUGUGUGUUGAAGCGUUGUGCCAGAAGAACUCUAUACCUCUUUUUGUGCGUGUUUUCCUGGGUUAAGGUAUGUGUGUUCAGAUGCUGAAAACACACCUGGUUGCUCAUUCUUAGGCCCAUUAUUGCGAAAAACAUUGAUCGCGGCUUAGUUAGGUCUCAAUGUCCUCAUUUUAAAUUUCCUAAUUAUGUUUUUAUAGUGAUCAUACUUAUUGUUUUCAGACUUUUAUCCCAAGAUAACCAUUUAAUUCAAAGGUUUAGUCUUUGAAUGCAACUUCCUAGUCAUAGGACUGAAAGAAAGUGAACACAAAAAAAGGAACAAGGAGAACCUCAAGUUUCAACUCUGCUCAGGCAUGAGGUGAAGCUGAAUUAGGAUGAUUUUGGAUGAUGUACAGGCACUUGCUGAAGACAGGUGACACAAGUUUGUAUUCUUUUUAAAAUUCAAAUUAAGAGUCAACAGUAAUGCUUUGACUUAUUGUCAAGGCUUUUUUCAGCCCCAAAUGUUACCAUGUACAAUAAUAAGCUUAAAAAAUUAUUAAAAACUAUUUUGUGAAGAUCAAACUAUUAUCUUAAGAUGACAAAAUUAAGAUUAGAACUAUCUGUGGGGGCCUACUGAACUUAUUUUUGCUUUGACGGUCCAAUGGCUGAGACAUGAAUUAAAACAUGAAUACGGCUGAUAAUUUAAGUCCUCAUCACCAAAAUAUAAUGUUUGAGUUCUUGAGAUAAUGGCGCACUUAAAUCUUGGGAUAACAGGCCUGAAAAACUAGAUAGUAACACUAUUUGUGUCCUUGAGAUGACAAAAUUCUUCAGCUGUGAUCCAGAUAUAAUGAGCCUUAGAAAAUCAUUAGCAACUAUGGAUAUUCUCAUACAGAGCCAGGUAGGUGUCAGGGGGGAAUUCUGAUACAUUUUUCACGCAAAUUACUAAAUUUCUGUUUACAUACAUAUUUCUUUUUUACUAUAUUGGGUUAGCCUCAUGUCUGAUGUUAAAACCAGCAGAGACCACAGUCAACAUUUCCUCUCUAACAACAGUCAGUGUUUGUUUCUUUUAACUAUGAAGAUGAUUUUUUUUUUUCACUACUACUGGAAAAACACUGUUUAACUGUUAGUGGUGGAGUAAGUACUCAGAUCCUUUACUUAAGUAAAUUUUCUAUUACAAAAAAAAAAACAAAAACAAAAAAAACACCAUUAAAAGUAUUCAUUAUGUUCAGUUAAAGGUCCAGUGUGUAAGAUUUAGGGGGAUUUAGUGGCAUGUAGUUGUAAGGCCUGUAGAUUACAACCAGCUGAAACUUCUCCAGUUAAGAUUUCCUUCAGUGUUCAUUUUUCAGGAGGUUUCUACUGGAAGCCAAAUUAUCGAUUACCCAUAACGUUCUUCCACUUGGAAAAACAACAACAGAUUCAGUAAUGUUAACCUGUAAAAACACAGAAUAAAACAGAUUUAUGUUACUAAAUUAGUGUUUUUCCAAAAACUGCUCAUCCUAGAGGGGCUGCUAACUACAUUGGCCGAUGCAAAAGUGAGGAUGGCCCUAUCUAGAGCCAGUUUUGGUUUGUCUGUUCUGGGCAACUGUAGAGACAUGGUGAUGCAGCAUUGUGGACGCCACACACAUGGACCCGCUCCCUAUGUAGAUAUAACUGGCUCAGCAUGAUUCUUAUUAUUCUUAUUUUCAGGUGAUUAUACACUAAAGAAAACAAAUUUUAUUAUAUUCCUUUUCAGCCAAUAUAUCACCUAAGUCCUACACACCAGACCUUCAAAGCACAGAAGUAUUACUAAGCAAAGUGCCAAUUUUGUAGAAAGGCCCCUUUUAAUGUUUGUCUUGAUAUUGGAUAUGGUAGGCAUAGGAUGAGCUGCGUCUUAAUAAACUGUCCUAUGUUUGUCUUCUUGUCAGGUGCAAAAGUCAGAGAAGGAGUCUUCCUUUGCUACAUUUUGGUAUUACAUAUAUAAUAAUAAUAAUGGGUUCAUUACUGGUGGAAACAAACAGCAUGUUAACAUGUAGUUGAUCAAGGUGGAGCUAAUUUUACUACUUUAUCUACUUUAUAUACUGUCGACAGGUUGUUAAAUCUAGCUGCUGUACAAAUAUGAAUCUGCAAAGUAACCAAUAACUAUAGCUGUGGAUAGGUGUAGUGAAGGAAAAAAUUAUUUGUUUUCAAGGUACUUUAAAAUUGUACUUGAGUAAAGGUACUCACACACUCACACACCACCUGUUCAGAACUAGUUGAAACUUUUCUCCCCUGACACUGAGCAGCUCUGUAUUCUGCUGUUUGUUAUAUUCUGUGCCAUGUCUGAAUCCUUCAGACUUGAAGUGUGAGACGUCCGCUAUGCUGGAACCUCAGAAAAGAUUCACCUCCUCUUUUAUUUCACUUUACACACAUUUGUCAUCCGCUCUUGCUGUAGAAACUGAUGUAACUGUGUCAAUGCUUCAGCAGCUACGUGAGUAAUUUAUUUAGAAGUUUAUAUAAAACAUUUUCUUUUAUUUUCAUUUUUUCCUUCUUUUUUAGUCAGUGACUAAUAUUUGAUAUGCUGAUAUUUGCAGCAGGUGAGAUUUGUUUUUGUUUUUUUAGACAAAACGUCUGCCUUUGUUUCUAAAGGCCUUCCGGUGUUUGUCAGGACUGAUGGUAAAUGUUUGUGUCGAUCACUUUUGGGACUGGCCUCCUCUCCUCUGCCUUUUGACUCAUCUGCUCUCAUUUCAACUACUUUACAGCUACAAGUUUAUUAUGACCACGGAGCUGAGAUACAGCUGCAUAUUUUAAACUAUAGGAGGAUGUUCCGAUUGGACAUUUGUGAGUCUGUCAGCAACAGUUACAAUAUUUUGUAUUAAGUGGUCUUUCAGUCCUUUUUAACGUAACCGUUUAUUCUCUAAAAUAAAAUAUAUUUUGCAAAAAAUAUAUAAUUGCAAAUGCUUAUCAGCAGUUACAAGAGCGAGGCCUUAGAAAAGUAUUUUGUACUCUAUGCACCGAGACCCAAAAGGUAUUUAAUUUUUUAAUAUGGCACUACAUAAAAGCAGAAAAUCUUAUUUAUGGAGAUUUAAACUGAAAAAGGUUGAUUAUUACAUAAAUUGAUAAUAUUCUGUGAAACCAAUCAGCACGUUGUUUCAGAGCUUGACAUUUAAAAGUGUUUGAAAAAAUGUAGACAUCGCUGCAACAGUGAUUCAAUAUUUCUGUGUUAAAUUCAUAUCGCAAUGACCCCAACAAGUUGAUGGGCAAAAAUUAAAUCUGUGUACAACUUUUCAUAGUUUGUAUAUUUAUCUGAAUAAUCAUAUUCUAAUCCUUCCAUACUAAUCAUUACUUAUACAUGCAUAUAUUAUUUAAUCUGACUUUCCUAUGAGUUGAGUUUGAUGUAGCAGGUGAGGAGGCGGAGAGGAGGAGGCCACCCGAGACAUUUAGAUGCACCUUCAGAUUUCCAUGCUGCUCAGUGACUGACUUUGUGCCAAGACAUAAAAUAUUCAUAGCAAGUCUGGGCUGCACCAGUAGGGAUAAAGGUUACAGUGUGUGGUUUUUAAGACCAGAGCAAAACAGGUUUAUUAACAUUCUUAAGAGGGCUUUGCUAAUGGUUUUCUGGUGGUGGGACACUGAUUCAACAUGUUAAGAAUUUUAGUGAGAAACACUGAACAUAAACAAUACUGUUUAAUCAAUUCACAAAGACAACUCCACUUCAUGUCUAAAAUCAGUGCAAUAGUUAAACCUGUUAACUAACAUUUUAAUUUGGAUUAAAAAAAACAAUCAUAUUCUGCUCAUAACUGGAUAUAAUUUAAGAUCAAUUUGCAUCAAAUGGGUUUUGGGCUAAUAUUGACAGCCCCUUUAAGGCAAUAGUUAAUCACUUUGAGAAUGACUAAGAGUUGGCUGCUCAGAUUGAUCCCAUUCCCAUGUCUGUGCAGUAAAAAAUGAAGCCGCAGCAGCAGCAGCAAGUCUGUCCAACAGCACCUCCAAAGCUCACUGGUUAACUUAAGAAAGUCACUGCAACUAGCCAAAAAUUGUCCAGCACAUAGCGAAAUCUGUGAACCCCAAACUCAGUUUUUGUAAGAAUUCAACUACAUGUAACAUGUAAGUCCGUAAGAUUAAGAGGUGUUCACAGUAGGAUAUUAUCACCUUGGACCCAGUCAGGCUAGCUGCACCCCCCUGCUUCUAGUCUUUAUGCUAAACUAAGAUAAUCUACAGACAGAGUGGUGUUGAUCUUAUCAAAUUCUCAAUAAAGCGAACCAGUGUUCUAAAAUGGUAGAAAUAUUACUUAAUUACUUUUAAUUCUGUGCCAAGCGUAACAUUAACCAUUUAUUUAUCCAAUUGUGAUUUGAAAGCAAACUAGUAGAAGGUAAUAUUAAAUUAACAAAUCUUAAUCCUUGCUGGUGCAAUCCAUCCUCACUUAGUUAUAUUUUCAUUACUAUAAAAACUAAUAUUUAAUAUUUUUUUAUUUUUUUUAUUCCAGUGUGUGUAGUUGCCAUAUGACAAUAUUAUUGGGACCAAAACUGGAAAGUAGUGGGGGGCUUUCUUAGAAUGAACUGUCAGCACUUAAAGGACAUGAACAGUACGUCGUAUUUAUUCUAGAAAAGAUUAACUAUUAUACAUAUAAUUUAUGAUGGAUGUAUGCUGCAGAUGUUACCAGAUAUUUGUGGUUGUGGAUCAGCACAGUGUCAAUGAGUUUAACGCUGAAAGAGCCAGUCUCUGUUAGACUGUACCAACGAUACAGUAGUGUACAGGACCAGUCGUUUACUGCCACUGGAUUAAGGAUUAAUAAGGUUGUAAGAGAUACAGUCAGGGUAUUUUUAACCCUUUGAUUUCAUAUCCAAACAAACAUUAACAAAAAUAUAAUUAAAUUUCUAAAUCCAUAGCCUAUAAACAACAAUGAAUUCUGAAUAGUUGUAUGUGGUGCGAGGGAUAAACAGGCUGUUAAAAUGUUCUCCACACAGACUGUAAAUCAAACUAAAGGAAGUCAAGUCUUAUUGAUGUGCUGAAAUCAAAUGGUUAAAACCUGACUAGGGACAAAACUACCAUUUAAGUUGUACAUGUUUUUGGUUUUGAUUUAAUUUAGUUCGUCUAGUUUAAGUCUUGCAUCAUUAAUUUCAGACAAAUUCUUAGAUUUAAAAAGUUUUUUAUUAUUAGGUUUUAACAUUAUUGUUAUAACUAUGGACACGUGCAGCUUUCAUGAUUUGAUCCAUAUAUACAGUCAUUUUUUAAAAAUAUUUUUGUAUGUCAGCAGUCAUUUCGGCAUAAUGUCAGUCUCCAAAAAAGUCCCAGAAAGUAAAACACUUUAGAGAAAAUUACGAGAAAAAAAGAAAAGAAAAAGAAACUAAUUUUUUUUUCUGUUCCUGCUCGAUGUUGAUGUGAAAAUUAAGAGCCAUUUCAUGUCCGAUAGGUAUUUUUCAUAUGAUGAGUGAGUCGAUUGUUAAUCAGUAUUUUGUGAAAUACUCAAAAGACUAUGUACAGUUAAGUUAAUGACAUAGAAAGGUACGGCUCUUUGGACACAGUGCUGGGAUGAUGGUGCCACAAAGAUCAUGUGACUGUUUUUCAGAGAUUUCUCUGGUGUGAAAGACAAAGAUGUUGAUAAAGUCUUCAGAUUCUGGAGGAAAAUCCCAGCUGAGAGGUUUUUUCUUUGCAUACUUUUUAUUUUUGCCUCACACUUUAAUGCUGUUUGUUUCUUUUAUAUCCAAUACCAACCUAUGUUUUGUUUGUUUUCAGUGCCAUCUCUGAAGUAUUGCCUUUUUGUUUUGUUAUUUUCUUGCUUUUCGUUAUCGUUCUCUCUCUCUUUGGGAGUAGUGCUGUGCCUUAGCUGUACUCCUGUUUUAGGAAACCCUCUCUGAAAGCAUCAAAAACUCUCAAGUGUCCAAAAACAAAAACGAAUUGUUGUGAAUGCCUUAUAAAUGACCUUAGCGGUUUUGAAGUACAAUUUUUGAAAAUAAAACUGAAUCUCCCUUUAUUCUUUGCCUGUGCGGUUUAUUUCACACUCUUGUAUGAACAAGUACUGCUGAGGGCAUCAGUGGCCCCCAGUUUCUAAAGGAACUGUGGACCGCAACUACAAAAAGUUUAUUCUUUGAAGUACUUGCACUUUACUUGAGUGUUUUCAUUUUUAACCACGUUAUACUUCAACUUUACUCCUUUUCAGAUGCAAAUGUUGUACUUUUUACUCCACUACCAUUAUUUGGCAGCAGGGCUGGGCAAUAUAUUGACAGUAUAUUUAAUUUGUGAUUUGUAAGUAAAUAUCGUCUAAGAGUUUGGAUAUCGUAAUA